ACCUCGGUGGAUCUGCGAAGCCAAGGGCUGUCGGGGACGAUCCCUCCGCAGCUGGGCGACAUCUCGCAGCUGCAGAGGCUUGGUCUGUCCGGCAACUCCAUCUCGGGCACCAUCCCUCCGGAGACGAGCAAGCUCUCGCAGCUGGAGUGGCUUAACCUCCGGCAUAACUACAAUAUCUCGGGCACCAUCCCUGCGGGUACGGGCAAGCUCUCGCAGCUGGAGACUCUUUACCUGGAGCGCAACUCCAUCUCGGGCACCAUCCCUCCGGAGACGGGCAAGCUCUCGCAGCUGGAGGAGCUUAACCUGGGCGACAACUCCAUCUCGGGCACCAUCCCUGCGGAUACAGGCAAGCUCUCGCAGCUGGAGGUGCUUGAUCUGGAAAGCAACUCCAUCUCGGGCACCAUCCCUCCGGAGACGGGCAAGCUCUCGCAGCUGCAGGUGCUUUACCUGUACAACAACUCCAUCUCGGGCACCAUCCCUGCGGAUACAGGCAAGCUCUCGCAGCUAAAUAAGCUUGCUCUGCGCAUCAACUCCAUCUCGGGCACCAUCCCUCCAGAGACGGGCAAGCUCUCGCAGCUGCAGAUGCUUAACCUGCGCAGCAACUCCAUCUCGGGCACCAUCCCUCCGGAGACGGGCAAGCUCUUGCAGCUGAAUAAGCUUAUUCUGCGCAGCAACUCCAUCUCGGGCACCAUCCCUCCGGAGACGGGCAAGCUCUCGCAGCUGCAGAUGCUUUACCUGUACAACAACUCCAUCUCGGGCACCGUGCCGUCGCAGCUCAACGGCCUGCCGCUACUGUACACGUGCAUGCUGGGCGGCACCAACCACUUUGCCUGC